AUGGAGUUGGAGAUGAGAUACGGAAACGAAACCAUUGUAAGUGGUGUGAAAGAUGGUCUACAAAGGUUAGGCUACCUUUUCUACGCGAUCGAUCCGAAAGACUCCACAUUUCUCGACGUCAAGGAUGUCCCAAAUUACGUCGAUUUGGCAAUACCAGUCUUCGUCACCGGAAUGAUCAUUGAAUUAUCUUACAAAAUGCUGCGGGUCAUGAGGAAAAGAACGCCUCAUGAAGUUAAUCAUGCAGAUACCGUGACAUCUCUCUACGCUGGUCUGCUCCAAGAAGUUUUCAGAGCAGCAACACGCGGAUUCACAACAACGGUAUACAUUUGGCUCUAUAACAAUUAUCGUCUCGUGGAUCUCCCCAUCGAUUCAAUGUUUACCUGGCUGCUGGGGGCAUUGUCACUGGACUUCUUUUAUUACUGGUUUCAUCGGGCAAAUCACGAAAUAAACGUUUUAUGGGCAGCGCAUCAAGUGCACCACAGCUCGGAAGAAUAUAACCUGAGCACGGCUUUGCGGCAAAGCAUCACACAGAACAUCCCAAUUAUCCUCGUCUACUUCCCGAUGGCAGCGUAUCUCCCACCGACGCACUUCGUCGUUCACUACCAGCUCAAUUUGCUGUACCAAUUUUGGAUUCACACCGAAGAAGUCACUUCAAUUGGCUUCUUGGAACACGUGCUGAUGACACCGAGUCAUCACAGAGUACAUCACGGAGCAAACCGAUACUGCAUCGACAAGAACUACGGGGCUUGCCUCAUAAUUUGGGACAAAGCCUUCGGGACGUUCGCGGCCGAGAACGACAGAGUUGUUUACGGUUUGACUCAUCCUGUUGCCAGCUACAAUCCCUGGACAGUCCAGGGUGGUCAUUACGCGCACAUCUGGAAUAAAAUCAAAGCAAUGCCGACGUUGAUGGACAAAGUUUGGGCAGUUCUGAAGGGACCCGGUUGGCAUCCGGGUACUGCAAGACUCGGGGACCCAAAUGAACUUCCUGACCAUAAAUUUCCGAUGAAGAAGUAUCGACGACCGCUUUCCGCCCUCACUGCUCUGUACUUGAUUUUUCAAACCGCUGCAACAACCGUCAAUCUCCAGCACUACUACUACAGUUUGAAGUCAAACAUAACGAAUGGCGAACAGCAAGAUUGUCCUUCGACGUGCGGGUGUUCAUGGACUGGCUUUCCUCCGUGGAGCCCACUGAACGACUGCGGGGUCAACGGGUUCCACGCCCGAACUUUGUGCUGGUGGCCCAUA